CAUCCGCUCUCCCGAUCCAGCGACGUCCGCGGGCGUGAGCGACCAAGUCCGUUCGGCGACGCAAACGCGAACCCGUCGGUACAUUCGCGCGUGUUUCAACCUCGACUCGACGUCGUCGAGGAGAUCGAUACGCCCCCGUCCGCGCCCCGUCCCACGGCAUUGGCAUUGGCCUCGUCCUCGUCGUCGUCGCGUCAGUACUCACCUCGAAAUCCCCAAGUUUAAACAAACGAACGAACGAGAAAGUUUCGUUAUGUCGGGCGAGCACAAGACUGUGAUUAAAUACCCGUCGGAGUAUGUCAAACUGAAUAUUGGGGGCUCGCUCCAUUACACCACCAUAGGCACCCUGCAAAAGCAUGACACCAUGCUACGCGCGAUGUUCAGCGGUCGCAUGGAAGUACUCACUGAUUCUGAAGGUUGGAUACUGAUCGAUAGGUGUGGCAAACAUUUCGGGACGAUCCUGAACUUUCUGCGAGACGGCUCGGUCCCGCUGCCGGAAAAUACGAAGGAGAUGGCGGAGUUGCUCGCGGAGGCGAAAUACUAUUGCAUCAGUGAACUGGCAGAGUCCUGUGAGCAGGCUCUCCUUCGAAAGGAGCGCGAAGCAGAGCCAAUCUGCAGAGUACCACUCAUAACCUCUCAGAAGGAAGAACAAUUACUUAUAAGCAAUACUACUAAGCCUGUCGUCAAGCUGCUCAUUAAUAGACAUAACAAUAAAUAUUCCUACACAAGUACGUCAGAUGACAAUCUACUGAAAAACAUAGAGUUAUUUGACAAAAUGUCACUUAGAUUCAGUGGCAGAGUGUUAUUUAUCAAAGAUGUUAUUGGUUCGAGCGAGAUCUGCUGUUGGACAUUUUAUGGACAUGGUCGUAAGGUGGCAGAAGUCUGCUGCCACUCAAUUGUCUACACAACUGAUAAGAAGCACACAAAGGUUGAAUUUCCUGAGGCUCGAAUAUAUGAGGAAACGUUAAAUAUUCUGUUGUACGAGCAUCGAAAUGGCCCGGAUCAAGAGUUAAUGCAGGCUACAUCGUCGCGCGGUGUAGUACCUUGUACAUCCGACGAGGAGGAGGGUGAGCGUUCAGGCUUGGCUCGCCUUCGUUCCAACAAACAGAACACCAACUGACCCAGUCUUGUUCUCCUUAAUCCACCGCAUACCGCGAUCCUCAGUGUCGUUCGCUCUUUCAAGACACGAAUCAACAUAAAAUAAAAUGAAAGACGGAUGUAUACCAAACACGAAUGCUAUGUAAUAUUUGGUUAUCGCCUAUUGGUCGAAUCUCUUUUUUUUCCUUUCAUUUUUAUAAUACCUAAAACACGAGAAAAACUACAGCUAACUUUGGCUAGAUGAUAAAUUAUCUCAUUACAUUUCUCAGAUUACAACACUAUUUUCGAACACAAUUACGCGUUCUAAUAAUUGAAUAUAUUAUAAGAAAAAUGCGUCAUUCUUCGAAUUAACAUGAAACGGAAUGACAAAUUUGUACAACUUGAAUUUUCUUCGUCAUUCUUGUUAUACAAGUGUGUUUAUAAAUAUGUAUAAAAAUGCGACUAAGAAUGGCAUCUUAUUUCAUCAUGAAAAUGAUGAAAACGUAGCGCGCCACGCGCUUGUUAAUUGUGUGCCAAAUCGUAUUAAAUCCGCGACAGAAAUAAGUCCAAGUUGCCAUUCUGUGACUGAUGAAAUUAUUUAUGAACUUGUACUCUAUGACAACUUUUAAGCAGUCGUUUAGAUUAACCAAAUUGUUAUAAAAGUUUUUGUGCAAAAGUAGAACUGCAUUGUUACCUGUUAUAAGUAUUAUUAUUUUAUUGUCAUUGUCAUCAUUUUCAUUGCCACAUUGUCAUCAUCAUUAUUAAUUAUUAAUUUGUAUAGUUAUAUAUUGUUUAUUAUUCUUACAUGCUUAUCUUUAUCAUUACAAUAAAUUUUUUCAUCGUGUUUAUAUUACUCUUUCUUACAAAUUUACUACUUGCAUAAUAUCUCAAUAAAUCAUAUAUAUUUAAAACAUAUAUAGUGUUAAUUUGUGCGUUUCUCAAUAAGUCCAAAGUUGUAUUGAACUGCUUAAAGGAUGAUGUGGAGUAAACACUGCCAAUAAAACAAAACUGAAGUCUAAUAUUCGUUAGGAUGUCGUGUAAACCUUCCGUCAACGUUUACAAGCAGGUAGAGCGCAUUAAACUGAACAGAAAAGUCCUUUUACCAUUUCGCAAUAGUUAAUGAGUUAUUGAUUACACAGGUACACAAAAAAGUGGUUUCUUUUUUAAAUUAGGAAAAAAUGAGCCAAUUCAGCAAUGCUGAUCUUGGAUUCAGCAAGUUAAAAUACAUAAGGAUUGACUAGUCUCGUCCACUGGACCACUUUUUUUGUGUGCCUGUGUAAUUAACAACUUAUUAACUAUUGUGAAAAUUGCAAAGGACUUUUCUGUUCAGUUUAAUGCGCUUUACCUGCUUGUAAACGUUGACGAAAGGUUUACACGACACCCUGUAUUUAGAUAUGGUGUAUAGAUACGCGUUUUAAACGCGCAAUUUUAUUAUUUUAAGGAGGUUUUAUCGAAAGUAUCAAAGUAAAUUUAAAUGAUUAAAUUUUUUAUAUGAUUCGGUUAAUAAACUCAAUUUCCUAUCUGCAAAGUUUCAAGAUUGGUUAUCGACUCAAUGAGUAAAAAAUAUUGUAUUAAAAUCGACUUACUCAAUGUAUUAAACAAUGUCAUGUCACUUUAUGUCAUAAUUAUUCAGUCAAAUAAUUUGUGACCCCAUUUUUUUACAUGCAAUCGAAGUUUCAGUAUGUGAUAUAAAAAAGUAUACUUGACCAUUUAAUCGAGUAAUUAUAGUAUAAAAUAUGACAAUAUAAAGUAUAACGUGACAUGACAUAAUCCAUAAACGCCAUAGAAAACCGAAUAAAUUAGUAUAAGGGACUGAUCAAUUAUAAAAUAUGUGUAGAAUAAUACUAUAUAUAUCUGAAAAUACUUGUAUAAUAAGAUUCUAAAAAGAUUGAUCAAGCAUUAAAAACGCUCUAUUUCAGUCCUUAAAUACAUGUGUAACAAUUCUCUCUCUUUGAUUAGUAAGUAUCGAUGGAACCUCCUUAAUUAAAUUGUAAAUAUAAAACGUAUUAAAUAUUAAACUUAUAGGACUUUUUAGGAUUUUCAGCUUGAACAAAUACAAUACAAAUAAUAAUAGAAUACAUUUGGUUUUGUAUAAACUUAUUUUGAAUUUUCUACUAACACGUCAGUCUAAAUAUAAUUUUUUUACUAUAAUUACCAUAAUUCUGAUACCAGUGAUUAAUAUUCUUUAUUAACCUACACUUUCACCUGAUGAAAUCGAGGCGAUAAUUGAAAUCGAAAUAUUUCAGAAAUCGAUGUGAGUAAAUCGAUAUCUACUAAUCGUAAGUAUGAUCAGAAAACCAUACAUAUUUCUUUUUAUAAUAGAAUAAUUGUAAUAAUAGAUAAGUUUGCUCAAUUUUUCGAGGAUAUUAGAUAAGUGAAGGUAAAAUGUAAUUAUAGACUGUGAUUACGUUGGCACAGUAUAUGUGUAUAUAUUAUUUUUUGUGUACUUUAGUCUUUAAAAGAUAAAAUCCGUAAUAAUACACAGUUAAUAAAGGGACCAUAUGUAUCGUGUUGCAUACCUACAUCAUAGGAUAUCUUUUCAUUCAUAUCUGUAAAACACAUGUUAUAUAUUAAAUCGAAUAUAUCUGUGUUGAAUGAAACGAUUUAUCGAUUCCUCUCCUUGCGAUUACAUAAAUAUAUAAUUGUAUAGAAUAUUGUGAACAAUGAUCUAAUAGAAUAAAUAUCGAGAACUGUACCUUCAGGAGAAGGUUACUCCAAAAAA